AUCCCCAGCAGAGGUGGCGGCCGCCGCACUCGGAAGCCGCGGGGUGCUCGGGACGGCCAUGGCGAUGCGGUGCGCCGCGAAGCACGCCCUGGUCACACCAUCGCUGCCCGGCGCCUUACUCCAGGGCCGGUUCUCGCCGCGCACCCCCGGGGCGGGGCCGUGCCGAGCGGCGAGCUACGCCUCCUCGCCGGCAGCGGGGAAGCAUCUCCCUCCAUUGUUCAGCGUCGCACCGAUGAUGGACUGGACGGACAACCACUACCGGACGCUUGCGCGGCUCAUUUCGCGGCACGCGUGGCUCUACACGGAGAUGGUCGUCGCCGAGACUAUUGUGCACCAGAAGGAUAACUUGGAUAGGUUUCUAGCAUUUCCUGAGGACCAACAUCCUAUUGUGCUGCAAAUCGGUGGAAGUAAUCUGGAAAAUCUGGCAAAGGCAACUGAACUGGCAAAUGCUUAUUCAUACGAUGAGAUCAACCUAAACUGUGGCUGCCCCAGCGGCAAAGUUGCUGGUCAUGGUUGCUUUGGUGCUCGACUAAUGUUUGAUCCAGAGUUUGUAGGGGAUGCUAUGUCAGCUAUUGCAACCAACUGUGAUGUCCCUGUAAGCGUUAAGUGCAGAAUUGGUGUUGAUGAUCGUGACUCUUAUGAAGAACUAUGUGAGUUUGUAGAUAAAGUUGUGUCAAAAUCACCAACUAGGCAUUUCAUCAUUCAUGCUCGGAAGGCAUUGCUUAAUGGCCUCAGUCCUGCAGAAAAUCGGAAAGUUCCUUCAUUGAAAUAUGAGUACUAUUUUGCUUUGCUACGGGACUUCCCACAAGUAAAGUUUACUCUAAAUGGAGGUAUAACUACCAUUGAUCAAGUUAGUUCAUCCAUAAGACAUGGUGCAAAUGGAGUUAUGGUUGGCCGGGCUGCUUAUAAUAAUCCAUGGAACAUGCUAGGGCAUGUGGAUGGGGCAAUCUAUGGCAAGCCAACAAGAUGCAUUUCUCGUCGCCAGAUCCUCGAGAGCUACCAGGUUUAUGGUGAUUCAAUAAUUGGACAAUAUGGCCCCAGCAGGCCAAACGUGAGACAACUUGUCAAGCCUUUGUUACACUUGUUCCACUCAGAACCUGGCAACAGCCUUUGGAAACGCAAAGCUGACUCUGCAUUGCGCUAUUGCAAGACAGUCAAAUCAUUCUUGGAGGAGACUCUUGACGCAAUACCGGACUCUAUUCUUGACAAGCCAGUAACCAGGGAACAAUCUAUAGAGGAAAGAUAUUUUGCUGAUGUUGAUUCUCUGUUGCCACCAAGGUAUACUGCACUGACCAACUGUUGCUACGGAAGUGCAGAACUUGUAACUGCAUCCACUUGAGCAACUGGAGGUUUGAGGGAAGAAGAUGGGCAAGCUAGAAACAUGCAAGCCUGCAAAAUUGUUGUUAACACAGAUACCUCGUAGUUGUAGCUAUACCAUCAGUUUGUAACUGUAACCACUUCAGCUACAAAAUAUAUUUAAAUUGACUAAAGUUGCAACGCCAAUUGUCAAUGUAUGCCAGCUAAAAGACGACAAAAUGAAAUUUGUAGUGCAUGUGCGCCA